AUGGCGCCCGAGGCCCCCGCGGACACAGCAGGCCCGUCCUCUCCACCGCCUCGACUGCCAGAAGGAUGGCUCGCCCAGUGGGAGGGCGUCCAGCGAAAAUGGUAUUUCGUCCAGCGAACAACGGGCAAGUCGCAAUGGGAUAUUCCAACCGAACCCGUCCUCCUCACGCCAUCAACGACACCGAUACCCGGGCCAGGGUCUUCACAAGCGCCGAUCUCGAAUAAAAUUGGCAACAGCUUGCGGGCAGUGGAGACUGGAGAUACAACGGCGGGCUUAAAUCGUUCUGCGGCGGACAGUGCGAGAGUUUCCAGCUCUGGUCAUUCCCCGAUGUAUGGGGGGUCAGAAAACCCUAUGCAUGGGUCUGCAGGAGUCCUAGGUCCGUAUUCGAAUCACACCGGUCAGCACAUACCCGGAGCAUAUUCGCAACAUAAUACCGGCAACGAUGGUGGAUAUGGCUCAAUACCCCUGCAGUACGGCCAUGCAGCCCAAAUGAACGGUGCCGAGUCCGCUUUCUAUUCAAUGCCUGGACAUCCCCAACACUUGAACCAAGGUAUACCUGGGACAGCCUGGGGAAAUUCCUCUUCAAUUCAGGGAUACCCAGGCUUCGGACAAGGGUACCAUCCGGAGCCCUUCCAAGGGGGUUCUUCGGGCCCACAAAAUCCGUCGUGGAAAGCGAGCCAGACACCUCAAGGGCAAAUGGCUAACAGAGCAAUCUCUCAGCCGCAAUGGCAACCGGAGCCACAACUUAACCACAUAAAUGGUACCGGUGAUCACAUUCCAAUGAAUGCCCACUCGUCAACCCUUUCCCGACCAUUCUUUGGGUCAUAUUCCUCUUACAAUGCUGCGGAUCAAAAACCGAGAGAGUUUCCGUCUCAUUCCUCGGUUUCACCCCUCACUGGGGAAGGGCAACCGUCACAGGCACACAUGAACGGCUUUCCUGGUCAUUCACCUCCGUCAAUGACGGAUCAAGUUAUGUCAAGCCACAAAUACCCCGUCUCUCGAUCUCAAACGCAACACGCUUCUAGCGAUCCUGCAUUACAGGGGUUUUCGCCAUUACAGCAUGCGCAAGCUCAAUAUCAGCAGCAACACAUGCUACGAAACCACCCAGGGCCCGACAUAAAUCAUCCAAGCCAGCAGGGACACCAAGGGAACAUGGCUCAAUAUCAGAACCCGCUGCGCCACGUCGAUUCAAACGGUUAUAUUUCACAACAACAAUUUGGAUAUACUGGUGGAGCUACCAGCUUUGCUGAAACGGCACACCAAAUGCCCUAUGCCCAGUCAGGUCAUGCAUCAGUGACCACCCGACAAGGUCCAUUUGAGAGCCAGUUUGUGAGUGGGCCUUGGACAUCGACACCGCCCAACUCUGGCCCGCCUUAG